GCUUUUCAGUUCUGAUCUUGUCUACGUGCAUGUCAUUGCUACACAAAGCUUUUGUAGCUCUCCCCUGCUCUGCUAUAAUGGAGAGAACUCGCCCCUUGGCGAAAUUCCAUGCGUCCCGCUAAGCUUCACCAGAUGCGACCUUCCGCAAGCACGAAGCUCGUUUCCUUAACGCACCCGACCCUCAACUUCGCUCACCGCACCUUCGAAUCCUUCGUCUGGAACAACAUCAUUCGAGCCCAUGCCCAGUCCACCGUCUCCCUCCGACCUCCGCUGUCGGUCUUCGCUCGCAUGCGCUCCCACGGCGUCGAACCCGACUUCCACACCUUCCCUUUCCUCCUCCAGUCCUUCGAUUCCGCUCCCCAUCUCCAAUCGGGUCGGCAGAUCCACGCUCAAGUUUUCGCCUUUGGGCUCGACCGCGACGCCUUCGUCCGGACUUGUCUCAUCAACAUGUACUCUUCUUGCGGCGACGCGGGGCUCGCGCGCCGGGUGUUCGACGAGAUCGCCGAACCGGAUUUGCCGUCUUGGAAUUCGAUCGUCAACGCGUGCUUGAAAGUGGGCCGGAGCGAUGCUGCCCGUGCGCUGUUCGACGAAAUGCCUGAGAGGAACGUGAUAUCUUGGAGUUGCAUGAUUAAUGGGUACGUUCGGUGUGGGGAGUUUAAGGAAGCGCUGACUUUGUUCAGGGAGAUGCAACUCGCGGAAGGUACUUUGGUUAGGCCUAAUGAGUUUACCAUGUCCGGAGUGCUUUCAGCGUGUGGGCGGUUGGGUGCGCUGGAACAUGGGAAGUGGGCUCAUGCUUAUAUUGACAAAUGUGCGAUAGAAGUUGAUGUUGUGUUGGGGACUUGUCUUAUAGACAUGUAUGCUAAAUGCGGGAGUAUUGAGAGGGCGAGGUUGGUUUUCGGCAAUUUGGGUCCUAACAAGGAUGUGAUGGCUUGGAGUGCUAUGAUAUCGGGCUUGGCAAUGCAUGGUCAUGCUGGGGAAUGUCUCGACUUGUUCUCGGACAUGAGACAGCAAGGUGUGAAACCUAACAGUGUGACAUACUUGGGUAUUCUUUGUGCUUGUGUUCAUGGACGUUUGGUGAGUCAAGGGAAGGAAUUUUUCAGGAAAAUGAGCGAGGUGCAUGGAAUAACUCCGAUGAUUCAACACUACGGUUGUCUUGUGGAUCUUUUUGGGAGAGCAGGUCUACUAAAGGAAGCAUGGACCGUGGUGAAAUCGAUGCCUAUGGAGCCUGAUUUGCUCAUAUGGGGUGCUCUACUGAGUGGAUCCAGGACACAUGGUGACAUUGAAACAUGUGAGAUUGCGCUCAGAAAGCUAAUCCAGCUGGAUCCUGGCAAUAGUGGUGCCUAUGUGCUUCUAUCAAAUGUUUAUGCGAAAUUGGGUAGAUGGAAUGAAGUGAGGCAAGUCAGAAAUCUAAUGGAAGCAAAGGGCAUUUAUAAAGUCCCUGGGUGUAGCUUAGUAGAGCUUGAUGGGAUACUUCAUGAGUUUUUUGUGGGAGAUGAUUCCCAUCCGGAAACUAAGGAGAUUUAUAUGAUGCUUGAUGAGAUCAUGACGAAACUGAAGAAGGCAGGGUAUGUGGGAAACACAAAAGAAGUAUUGCUUGAUUUGGAUGAGGAAGCAAAAGAGCUUGCUCUAUCCCUUCAUUGUGAAAGACUGGCUAUAGCAUUUUGCUUUUUAAAAACUAGUGCCGGUACUCCCGUACGAAUCAUUAAGAACCUUAGAAUAUGCGGUGAUUGUCACGUUGCCAUAAAGAUGAUAUCCAAAGUCUACAGGCGCGAGAUCGUGAUCAGGGACUGCAAUCGGUUUCACCACUUCAAUGAAGGAGUUUGCUCUUGCAAAGAUUUCUGGUAGAUUAAAAAUUUUCUGGGUUAAUUUUAUGAAACUCGGAGGGUCCUGUCGAUUUUCAUAGGUCCGUGUGGCCGCAGAAAUUUGGACAUGACACUGACUGAAACAAUAAUUCAUCCACACAAAUUCUGGCAGUCAAAUACCCUCGAAAGGCAGGUGUCGGGUUGUUAAGAUGCAGUUUGAGCUUUGCAUUAUAUCGAGUGGUCUGAACCACGAGCCCUGGGAGUAUAGUCAUAUACCAAGAGGACAUCGACUUGAAAAAUCCUGUAAGGCCUGUGGGAAAUUGUUAUAUAUGAAGACCUUCCUUGAGGUGGGAAGAAGCAUCGCCCUUGGCUGAACUGUGGCUGUUUAUAGUUGGUAACAGGUAUCUGUUGAAGGCAUCUGGCUGUUUAUAGUUGGUGACAGUACCUGUUGAUGGCUCUGUUUAUAAUUUGUAUACUUUCCUGUUGUGGACGGUACCUAUUAAAUUUUCUGACGUUUUCUAAUCAUGGGUAAUAAUAUUAGUAGUCCUUGAAUUUUUCCUCA